AUGCGAGAAAGAGUGACAGAUCUCAUUCUGAGAUUGAGCCGAAUAGUCUUGUCUCCGAACAAGCUGAAUUGCAAAGAAUGGGGUUUUUUGUUACGAGAAGUAUUUGGUAGCAGCCUUGGAACAGGUGAUUAUGGACAUCUGUUAAUUGAUCAUGCUCCAAUGCUCAUGAGACGCUUUCUGUCCAUGACAGAAUUUAGUCAGCAAGGCUUUGAGGCAUCCCAUAAGGACGAACGCCAGCUUUGGCUCAAAGCCUCAAGUCAUGAUCGCCAUGGAGAAGCAUCCUCAAUUGAACAAAUGCUAGUGCAUUUUUAUACAGAGAGAAUGUUGUUCAUGCGUCUCUGUCUCCGAGAAGCAUUAAAAUGAAUUGAAGCAAAUACUCAAAAGCAGAAGGACAAAUUCACCUUCCAUUUUGCUGGUUGUGGCUGGAAAUCAAAGGAUGUUUGCUGGGGUCUCGAGGACAUCCACUGGAUCAAGGUCAUGGACCAUCUCAUGACACUGAUGUUCGGGCAGGACUUUUUCGAGUACACCUCUGAUGAAAAGAAGACAUGCCGUGUACAGGAUGAUUUCCAGCCAAAAUUUAAAUACAACAGAGAAGAGUGGCUCUGUGAAUAUGCCGACAUGGCAACUGUCCCUGACAAUGUGAUCUCAGAUGAGAAAGGUCCAUGUCUUGAAAAAGAUGACAUAGGUACGCAAACAUUGUGUACGUCUUCAGAGGAAGAUAUGGGUGUUCCUCAAGAGCUGAUUUCAACCAGUAAUAAUAUAGUUACAAUUUGUGAUGAAGAAUUGCUAAACGUUGGUGUUGAUCAGGACAGGGUUAUAGCUGUGUUUCCACCACCACCAGCACUGGGCAAGAUAGAGAUUUUGGCAAUGGACCUUGAGACUUUGGAGGAUGGAAAGGAAGUGAAUGAUUCUGUGGUGGACUUGUUUUUGAUGUAUGCUGCCUCUGAACUUGACAAAGAAUUGUUCGACAAGUGCCACAUAUUCAGUUCCUUUUUUUUCUCCAAGCUAUCUCAAAGAGUACAGAUAGAGGAAUCUCUGUUUUACCAUGGUAAAUGUGUACCAUAUCUUCAAGUUUCUUAUGAAUUUAAGUCCUUUAAAUAUAUCAAUUUUUACCCUCUUUACAGUCCCGAGGACCGGCAUGUAAGUGCCUCAAGCUUUGUUAGAAAUGUGGACCUUUUCCAAAAGAUGUUUAUCUUCAUACCUGUCUGCAGAAGCGGGCAUUGGUUCUUGGCAUUAAUAUAUAACCUCCCCUCUUUGAUUGGAAAAGGACAAAUGGGAAAAUAUUUGCAAAGAGCUCCAAUUGUAAUCAUUGACUCGAUCGUCUAUGGUUCAGAGGAUGGGUUUCAUGGCUGUCCUUCAUCAAGAGACUGGGAAGCAGACCUGAUCCGAAGUUUCAUAAGAUGCGAGUGGUUGGCUAGAGGGAAGGGAGCAGAGGGAGUGGGUUCUUCUCCUGACUUCACGCCAGAGUCGAUGCCCCUUUUUUACCCUAAGGUGCCACAGCAGGAAAAUGGAUACGACUGUGGAGUAUUUGUUAUGUUGUUCUUUGAGGCAUUUUUAAAUCGCGAGGUAAGUCCGUGGUGGGCAAGAGCUGCCAUAAAGAGUUUUGAUGUCUUCUCGCCUUUUGCGCGGAAACUUUUCGGGACCUUCGAGAAAUGGGUCCCAGACCCAGAGGAGAGGGGCAAGUCGUCAUAUCCCUUUGUCUUCAGAAAUACUGCCAAUCAACCUGAAGUAGCAGAACAGUAA